GUAUUGAAAAGGACCCGUGGCCUGCCCGCUCUCGCCCAGCCGGUGGAGAUGGUGCCGCAGCAAGAGAAAGGACGGGGGCCGCCUGAGCCUGGGGUGGAGCUGCCCUCGCUGCGUCUGUUCACCUGGGAAGAGAUCAGCUUUCACAAUGGUCAAGGAGAAGCCUCUCGCGAACGGUGGCUGGUGAUUGAUAGGAGGGUCUACGACAUCACCCGUUUCCACAAGAGGCACCCGGGGGGUUCCCGGGUCAUAUGCAGCUAUGCGGGCCAGGAUGCCACGGAUCCUUUCAUAGCAUUUCACAUUGAUAAAACUCCAGUAAAGAAGCACAUGAAACAACUUAUGAUUGGUGAACUGGCACCUGAUGAGCCCAGUUUUGAGCCCAGCAAAAAUAAAUUAUUAUUAGAGGACUUCCGAGAGCUACAGUCCACUGUUGAGAAGAUGGGACUCCUGAAACCAAACCCACUUUACUUCUUUGUGAUUCUUCUCCACAUCUUACUACUGGAUGUUGCAGGGUGGUUUGUCCUAUGGUACUUCGGGACAUCUGUGACUACUUUUAUUAUUGCUACAACUCUGCUGCUGAUUGCACAGUCCCAAGCAGGUUGGCUGCAGCAUGACUUGGGGCACCUUUCAGUAUUCAGCAAUACAAAAUGGAACCACGUUGUUCAUGAGUUUGUGAUGUGCCAUCUGAAGGGGCUUUCAGCCAACUGGUGGUCUCUUCACCAUUCUCAGCACCAUGCCAAACCCAACUGUUUCCUAAAGGACCCAGAUAUUGAAAUGCAUCCCACAGUUUUUUCUUUAGGAAAAUCUCUUUCUGAAGAGCUCGGCAAGCAGAAGAAGAAGUACAUGCCUUAUAAUCAUCAGCACAAGUAUUUCUUCAUCACAAUGCCUCUGGUUGUAGUUCCAAUAUUUCAGAUUUAUUCAAUAUAUUUCAUAUUCCAGCGUAAACUAUGGCGGGAGUUGUCAUGGAGUGCUACAUAUUUCAUUCGAUUUUUUAUUACCUUUGUGCCUUUACUGGGAGUGAAAGUUGUUUUGGGACAACUUCUUCUGCUCAAUGUUUUGGAGAGUAUCUUAUUUACGUGGAUAUCACAACUGAACCAUAUUCCUAUGCACAUUGAUUAUGAUGGAAACAUGGACUGGUUCUCUACACAGCUCCUGGCAACGUGUAAUGUGAACCAAUCGUUCUUCAAUGACUGGGUAACAGGACAUCUGAAUUUUCAAAUUGAGCAUCACCUUUUCCCUACAAUGCCUCGACACAACUUCUGGAAGGUGGCCCCUUUGGUUAAGUCUUUGUGUGCCAAACACAAUAUUGAAUAUCAGUCAAAGCCCCUGCUUUCUGGCUUUGCAGAUAUUGUAUAUUCUUUGAAGGAUUCAGGAGAGAUCUGGCUUGAGGCAUUUAAUCAUGCCUAAGAAGAGGGCGCCUGAUGACAGUUAUGAAGAUACAUCAGAUAAAACUUGAAGGCCCUGAAGAUGGACCCAACCUAUUCUGUGGAAUAAGAGCACUGAGGAUAUUUAGUUGUGAAUGUCGGGAUUACAAAACAAUACCUUAUGUUCUCCUGAGGGGUGAGGCUUAGAUAGAAUAUUAGUGUGGCAAUGGGAUAACACGCCCCCCCCCCUUGCUACUAGUACUCUUGCUACUAGUACAGAAGCCUCAGACCCAGGUUUCAUCUGCUACUGGAGGGUGGGGGGGGGACAUUUCCUAUCCUGUGCACUGUUACUUAUAAGUAAGCCCCAUUGCACUUAGUGAGGUGUAUUUCUGAGAAACAUGCGUGGGGCUGGGCUGUAAACAUAGCAUUAUUACCUCCGCUGUUCAACUCUCUUAGAACCUAUCUAAAUUAUUUAUAAUUUUGUUGCAAUAUGAUACAAGUUUAUACAAUAACAAAAUAUCAGACUUUUAGUUUACUGGAAAAAAAUCCUUUUUUAAAAAAAAUGAGUAAUGUCAGCAGAUUUUAUUUGCAGUCAUGUGGAAAAAAAAUGUGAUACAAGACUUUAUGAAUAUGACAGUCCGGAUUGGAAAAUAAGACAAGAAUCCAGUAGCAUUUUAAAGACUCAAAAA